AUGGCUGACCCGGCUGCGGGGCCGCCGCCGGCCGAGGGCGAGGAGAGCACCGUGCGCUUCGCCCGCAAAGGCGCCCUCCGGCAGAAGAACGUGCACGAGGUGAAGAACCACAAAUUCACCGCCCGCUUCUUCAAGCAGCCCACCUUCUGCAGCCACUGCACCGACUUCAUCUGGGGCUUCGGGAAGCAAGGAUUCCAGUGCCAAGUCUGCUGUUUUGUUGUGCACAAGCGGUGCCAUGAAUUUGUCACGUUCUCCUGCCCAGGCGCCGACAAGGGUCCAGCCUCUGAUGACCCCCGGAGCAAGCACAAGUUCAAGAUCCACACCUACUCCAGCCCCACGUUCUGUGACCACUGUGGGUCGCUGCUGUACGGGCUCAUCCACCAGGGGAUGAAGUGUGACACCUGCAUGAUGAACGUGCACAAGCGCUGCGUGAUGAACGUCCCCAGCCUCUGCGGCACGGACCACACGGAGCGCCGCGGCCGGAUCUACAUCCGGGCGCACAUCGAGGGGCCCGUCCUCACCGUCUUCGUCAGAGAUGCUAAAAACCUUGUCCCCAUGGACCCCAAUGGCCUGUCAGAUCCCUAUGUGAAGCUGAAACUCAUUCCGGACCCAAAAAGCGAGAGCAAGCAGAAGACCAAGACCAUCAAGUGCUCCCUCAACCCCGAGUGGAACGAGACAUUCAGAUUCCAGCUGAAGGAAUCGGACAAAGACAGGAGGCUGUCCGUGGAGAUCUGGGACUGGGACCUGACCAGCCGGAACGACUUCAUGGGCUCGCUGUCGUUCGGGAUCUCGGAGCUGCAGAAGGCGGGGGUGGACGGCUGGUUUAAGCUGCUGAGCCAGGAGGAGGGCGAGUACUUCAACGUGCCCGUGCCGCCGGAAGGAGGUGAAGGCAACGAGGAGCUGCGGCAGAAGUUUGAGAGGGCCAAGAUCGGCCAGACACCCAAGACUCCAGAAGAAAAAACUACCAACACCAUAGCCAAAUUUGACAACAAUGGGAACAGGGACCGGAUGAAGCUGAGUGAUUUUAACUUCCUGAUGGUGCUUGGGAAAGGCAGCUUUGGCAAGGUGAUGCUCUCCGAGCGGAAGGGCACGGACGAGCUGUACGCCGUGAAGAUCCUGAAGAAGGACGUGGUGAUCCAGGACGACGACGUGGAGUGCACCAUGGUGGAGAAGCGGGUGCUGGCGCUGCCCGGGAAGCCGCCCUUCUUGACCCAGCUGCACUCCUGCUUCCAGACCAUGGACCGCCUGUACUUUGUGAUGGAAUACGUGAACGGCGGUGACCUCAUGUACCACAUCCAGCAGGUUGGCCGGUUUAAGGAGCCUCACGCUGUGUUUUACGCUGCAGAAAUCGCCAUCGGCCUAUUCUUCUUACAGAGCAAGGGCAUCAUUUACCGCGACCUAAAACUGGACAACGUGAUGCUGGAUUCCGAGGGCCACAUCAAGAUCGCCGACUUCGGCAUGUGUAAGGAGAACAUCUGGGACGGGGUAACCACCAAGACCUUCUGCGGCACUCCGGACUACAUCGCCCCCGAGAUCAUUGCGUACCAGCCCUACGGGAAGUCGGUGGACUGGUGGGCAUUUGGAGUCCUGCUGUACGAGAUGCUGGCCGGGCAGGCACCCUUCGAAGGGGAGGACGAGGACGAACUCUUCCAGUCCAUCAUGGAGCACAACGUGGCUUACCCCAAGUCCAUGUCCAAGGAGGCCGUGGCCAUCUGCAAAGGGCUGAUGACCAAGCACCCGGGCAAACGUCUGGGCUGCGGGCCCGAGGGCGAGCGGGACAUCAAGGAGCAUGCGUUCUUCCGGUACAUUGACUGGGAGAAGCUUGAACGCAAAGAGAUCCAGCCCCCGUAUAAGCCAAAAGCCUGCGGGCGCAAUGCUGAGAACUUCGACCGGUUUUUCACCCGCCAUCCACCCGUCCUCACACCUCCCGACCAGGAAGUCAUCAGGAAUAUUGACCAGUCAGAAUUCGAAGGAUUUUCCUUUGUUAACUCUGAAUUUUUAAAAGCUGAAGUCAAGAGCUAA